AUGAGCGAGCAACUAGAAGAACCGUCACUUAAAGUUUCAUCAUCAACAACACUGGUUAGUUCAUCCAGUGCGACGGCUCAACAGCAAAUUGCACGGCUUGUUCGCGUUCCAGUACCUGGUGAUGGCUCUUGCCUGUACAGUACACUCAGCCUCAUUUUGAGGAAUCAUACUGGUGAAAAGCUGUCCAGCCAGCAAUUAAGAGAAAGGAUUGCGCAAGAAGUCGAUAAUCAUCCGGAGGAGUAUCGUGAUCUUCUGGAGUAUCCAGAGUAUGCGAACCGGAUUCGUGAUCCCUUACUUUGGGGUGGACAAACAGAAAUUGAUUUAUUUACUCGCAUCUUUGGAAUUGGAGUGAGAAAUAUUAAUAGCGAAACAAAUACUAUUUAUGACAACAGAGCCCGAGUGCGAUAUUCAGAUGACCAACAAAUAGAGAAGACCAUCUUUUCGGUAAAUGACGAUCGUAAUGAUCUAAUACAUGAUUUACUACAAAGGGAAAGAAAACAAGAAACUAUGUAUGAAACAGUGGAGAAUGACAGUACAAAAUCACCACAGUUUUCGCCUAGUCGUCCAAAUCGAAAAAUGUUUUCAUAUAUCGAUAUUCAAAGAUGGUCCGAUGAUAUAUUCAAUAAUCUAAUGCAACAUGAUGAAGCGAAGAAAACGUUGCGUAAAGUUAAGGCCAAUUUAACAUUUGUUUUAAAAAGUAUUCAUAUAAAAGUUAUAAAAAAGGGCGAAGGAGACCGUUUAGAUCUUAGGUAUAAUUCAACGAAAUUAAUGGCUCUACUUAUCGGAUGGACUAAAACUCUAAUUCAACAUCAUAAUCAAGAAGUGGCUAAAAUUGCAGAUGAACGUAAAAUGGCAACAAAUGAAAAGCGCAGAAAAAGAGCAGAGGAAUUGCCGUAUAGUAAAGCAACAUACAUUGUAAUAUCAGAUUCGCCACAACCGAUUGUGAUUAGCCCUUGGAUUGAUAUUUCACGCAAAGUUUUGCACGAUAUUUAUAAAAUACUGGAAAAAGAUGCAGUAUUCCUUUUAGCAGAUUACUUUGAUAUGCAUUUGUGGAAAAGUUAUACUAAUGAUCAAAAAACAAAUAGACACGAUGAAUAUUGGUCGCUAUUCUACAAAGCGGCUGAAGUGCUAUUAAAACGAUUUCCACAUCGAAUUUAUAGAACAAAUCGCACGAAAGCCCGCCUCAUUGAUCAUCUAGCAUUAGCCUAUGCUACAAUAAUUGCUACCGCAUCGUUGCGAUUGUAUCAAUCAGGUCGUCGUUUUGAUCGCAGCGCGGAAGAUGACGAUAAUCGUCAUAUGGAGGCCAUUGCACAUUUAGUUGUACUAGCGACUACCAUUCGUUGUAUCAUACCGCAUCUAAAUAUAGAUGCCGAGAGUCUAAUAAACUUAUAUAACCAAUAUUUUUCCUGCUUCAAGUACUACUAUCAUGGAAGUCGCCUCAGUCUAAUUUUUAAUAGUAACCAUAUCGUACAAAAGAAGAAAGAAAAUGCAAAAAAAACCCAGAGCAGACGUAAACAUUCUCGAAAAAGAAAUCGAUCGUCUCCUCAUCUCGAUGAUGUAUUACAAGAUAUUAGCAAUCUUUUGCUCUAGUCCUUCCGUUUUCUUUAGUAUUUAGUUUUGUACUUUUUGUCUUACCUCUGUUCACAUUAGGUGUGCACCGGUCUCGGUUAAGCGGCGCCGAAAAAACCGAUGUACGGUUUAAACCGACACCGAAAUAACCUUCGGUUUAAACCGGUACCGGCAGAAAGCGAGCAUUGUCACAUUCAAGAAAUUUUCGUAGAUAGUACUAUUUCACUCUGAAGAUAGUUGAAAGAAAAAUUAGUUGCGUGCGUAGCUUUCUUGUUCUCUCUCAUGCCAAUGUAUAUCAACAUAGAUCGUCACUAAUAGUUAAUUCAGACUUAAUAUUAUUGUAAAAUAUUGUACCUUGAUAGCCGUCUUUUAAAGAGAGAGCAUUUGUCAAAUAAAUGAUAGUUUCUGAACCUUUCUGAUCAACAAACAGCUUAAUCAUAAAAUAUUAAAAAACCAUGAGAUAUAUUCUUACUGUUUCUCUUAUAUUCUUACUGUUGCUUAUAUUCUGUUUUUUAUCUACACGAAAUAAUGAUUACUAUUAUAAGUGUCUCACAAUUGCUUGUGAUUAUUACUACCCCCAGUCCAUAACAGAAGACGCCUGAGCUCUAAUUAAAAAGGUAAACGCUGAGAAAUUUUCAAAUGUUUCCGAUUACCCUAUUUCAGAGCUGGGCAAGAACGGGAUUUUUCAAGUACGAGUCGAGUACGAGUACCAAUGCUUCGAGUACGAGUACCGAGCCUUCGAGUAUGAGUCGAGUACGAGUACCGAGCCUUCGAGUAUGAGUCGAGUACGAGUACCGAGCCUUCGAGUACGAGUCGAGUACCGAGCCUAUGUAGAAACAUACCGAGCGAAAUGUUAAAACAUUUUUUUAUUUAUUGUAUUAUCAACCUUCAAGUAGAUGGAAUCAAAGUAAAACUUUAUUACAUUUUAGAAAAGUUAGUAGACACACAUUCUUUGCCGUUAAUGAU